AUGGUCGCCUCGAUUAGCUACGUCGGCUUCCCUCACAUCUUCGAAGAGGUGGCGGCUCAAUGCGACUUCAACACACAGUGUAAAUUGCGUUUGCUCUGCUUGGCUACGAAGGAAUACAUCGAUCGUACCCACUGUUGGCUGUUCACGGCUUACCUUCGCCUUCUGGGACCUGUCGAUGACACUGGGCCGAACACCAUUCCACAGCAGGCUACGGUGUGGCUUUGCUAUCGCGACGACUACCCUACCAUGCCUGCCAUGUACAUACCAGAGCGAUCCGACGACGGGAGGAAGAGGCAUGAGCAAGAACUCCAGCACUCGCUUAAGAUCACAUCCCGCUUCCCGACUUACCAGGUCUCGCUCGACUUUGAGCUGCUGCUCUGGGAAACGACGUUCCAGCGCUGCGCAGAUUAUGAGCAUUACGCGCGCCCGCUGCAACUUCUUGAGACGGCCUCUAGAGUCAGAUUGCUUCACUGUCAUGCAGGCUAUACCGACAGCCUGAAGAGGUUGAGGCAACCUGCUGAAUCGACCUGCCCGAUGAUCCCCCCUAGAGUCAAGACGUUGAUUAUGUCCCUCGACGAAGACCUGUGCUUGUGUCAAAGCCGAAUCAGCCACUCAGCGGAGACGCUAUACCUCUCGCUCUUCCGCAACUUGAUCGAAUGCGAAUGGGGGGAUGAUGAUGUUAGCUGUGUGUGUAGUCUUUCUUUGGACCUCUUCAAGCCCUGCGUCCAGCACCUGUACUUCGAAGCCUGUUACCCCCGCGAUGUCACCGAUUACCUCAAGGCAAUCAGCAGCAAGCCGCGCCACCCAAAUCUGACCGUGACCGUCGUACCCUCCUACACUUCAACCGACAAGGAAACUCAGAAGAAGACAGACAAGAAAUUCCAGAAGGCUGCGAAGGAUUGGCCGGCGGUGCUUGGUGUACCUGUGGUGCUUGCGAAGUAUGAGGACGUCUGGCCAGCAGUGUGGCAGUAUUAA